AUGUUCAGCGAAAAAAAAAAAAACAACAACAACAACAACAACAACAACAACAACAACAACAACAACAACAACAACAACAACAACAACAACAACAACAACAACAACAACAACAACCAUUGCUCCAUCUCAGCGCGUGCACGGAGCAAGAAAGAGAACCCCCAUCAUCCCAUCCCCAUCUCACGGCAUGCAGGGUGGGUGGCGAGGGCGUCCUGCUGGUCUUUGAGGAAGGCGUGCUGCUGGGACAGCUGUGGGUCGCCCACCGCCCUCUGCGUCUCCUCCAGCAGCUGCACCGGUGACAUGCCCGCGAAUGCACACACGUGA